UGAUUCGCUUCCCCCCUUCUCUGUUUCUCUCUCUCUCUCUCUCGCUCCCUCUGUCUCUCUACGUUGAGCUCCGAACCACGAAGAAACCCUAGUCCAAGGAACAUGAGAGGAGACCCCCGCGGCGUCGGCGGCGGAGGGGAGGCCGAGGCGGGGCCAAGCUCACGGCCUCCGCGGCGCGGCGAGGCGGCGGCGGCGGGGCAGCGGCGGUUCCCCGCGGCGGCGCCGCCGGAGAUCAUGAGGGCGGCGGAGAAGGACGACAACUACGCCGCCUACGUCCACGACGCGUGCCGCGACGCCUUUCGCCAACUAUUCGGUACCAGCGUUGCGGUAGCUUACCAGAGUGAGAUAAAGCUGCUAGGUCAGACACUUUAUUAUCUAUUGACGACAGGUUCAGGCCAGCAGACACUUGGAGAAGAAUACUGUGAUAUAUUACAGGUUGCAAGUUCUAAUGGCCUUCCACCAACACCUGCUCGACGUGUUCUUUUUGUGGUGUACCAAACUGCCGUCCCUUAUCUCGCUGAAAGAAUUAGCUCUAGAAUGGCUUCUCGUGGUAUGGCCCUAAAUGACACUCAAUUUGAGGAGUCCGGAGAAAGCAAUCAUCCUACUAGAGACACCAUACAGUCCUCGGACAUUGAUGAGAACUCUUCUUCAAGAGGCAUUAUUGUAUCUCCUCUAUCAAGAUUUAAAGAGAAUUUUCGUGCCUUGUGGUUAUCAGCAAUACAGAGAUGGCCUUCGGUGCUCCCUCUUGCUCGUGAGGUUUUGCAAUUGGCUCUUCGUACUAACCUUAUGUUUUUCUAUUUUGAAGGCCUAUAUUAUCACAUAUCAAAGCGUGCAGCUGGCAUUCGUUAUGUCUUCAUUGGGAAGCCUUUGCAUCAAAGGCCUAGAUACCAAAUAUUGGGGAUAUUUCUGUUAAUUCAACUUUGUAUUCUUGGUGCUGAAGGACUGCGAAGAAGUAAUUUAUCUUCAAUGACUCGGUCCAUUCGUCAAACAUCAACCAGCAACCACUAUUCUUCCACAGGGCGAGGUUUGCCUGUUCUAAACGAAGAUGGCAAUCUCAUCACUGAUUAUAACGCUACUAAAGGCAGUUGGACCUCUGAUUCAGCAGUUGUUUCCGAGGCUCCAAGUGGCAUGAGCAAAUGCACCCUCUGCCUCAGUACUCGCCAACAUCCAACUGCUACUUCAUGUGGUCAUGUCUUUUGCUGGAAUUGCAUAAUGGAAUGGUGCAAUGAGAAGCCCGAGUGCCCUCUGUGCCGAACUCCUAUCACCCAUUCGACUUUGAUUUGUAUAUACCACGCCGAUUUUUAGCAAGCUGGCGCACGGAAUUUUGUUUUCCGCAACUACAGUUAGGGAGCUGGAAUAUGUUGAUGCCUACACAGUUUCAGAGAAAAGUGUACAAUAUAGUAGAGAAUUAUCAGCCAUCAGCAUAUACAAUACAGAAAGCUAAUGUAACAGGGCAAAUUUUUUUCAACCCUUUCCGAGAUUCAUUUGAGUGAUAUUGUUCUUGUUGUUGUAAAUCACCAAAAUACCAACUGCACGUCAAUUUAGUGGUGGAUUGGCUAGGAGAAAUGAAUGAUUAUAAUGUAUUUGGAACACCUGAUGUUUAAAUUUUACUGAUAUGAGAACAGAUUGAGAGUAAAUUUUCAAUGCAA